AUGGCCACUGAAUUGUCUGUCCAGUCUGAGCGCGGCUUCCAGAAGCAACCUCACAUUUUCCAAUACUCCAAGACUAAGGUCUCUAAGGAAACCAAGCGUUGGUACAAGGAUGUUGGUCUCGGUUUCAAGACCCCCACUGAGGCCAUUACUGGUAAUUAUAUUGACCACAAGUGCCCCUUCACCGGUAUUGUGUCCAUCCGUGGCAAGAUUUUGACCGGCACUGUCGUCUCCACCAAGAUGCACAGAACCAUCAUUAUCCGUCGUGAAUACCUCCACUACAUUCCCAAGUACAACCGUUACGAGAAGCGCCACAAGAACUUGGCUGCUCACGUUUCUCCUGCUUUCCGUGUCCAGGAGGGUGACAAGGUCACUGUUGGUCAGUGCAGACCUCUCUCCAAGACUGUCCGCUUCAACGUCCUUCGUGUCCUUCCCACCUCUGGUAAGGGCAAGAAGCAGUUCUCUAAGUUCUAA